AUGGCUACAGACUUCAACCUGAUCUCGUUCGGCAACUUCAAAGCGUCAGGUGGUGGCUCCAGCAUCAGAGGCCGUCUGGCAGUCCAACACAAUGUGUCGAUCUCCGGGACCUUCAGCAUCAGCGGUGCGCGCAACGUGCGCCAGCAGCGCUACUCGGUGGUGAUAGGCGGAGAGUCGGUGACGUGGCGCUCGGGCAGCGUGAGCGGCGGCGGCUUGCUGGUAACCUCUACCAACGAGGGAGCCAUGCAGCUGGACUUGGGCAAGUCUCUCCAACGACAGACCGUGGGCGGCUGCGACCUUGCCUCCAACUGCUUGAUUUCGUUCUUCGACGAUGCCUUCUCCUACUUUGACGGCUUCACCAGCGACAUGGCCAGCGACGCCCAGGCCACCGGCGCCGGCUCAGUGACCCUGUUGCACGGCGGGCUCCACUUCACCGGUCCUCGCUGGGCGGAAGGCACCAGACGUCUGGUGUUCCGCGUGCCCUUGGAGCAGUGGAACUCGGCGCACUACUUCACCAAGGCCUACGUCGCGGAAGACCAGGAGUUGGUGGUGGUGAUCGACCAGGACGGUAGCGCCCAGUCCCUCAGGAUCAAGAUGCCCGCCGACGGAUUCCCUCAUCCGAGCAACAAGCUGGUGGUCGCGUUGGCCGGCCAAGGGCCGAAGGUGGAGGUCGAAGGUCCCGUCCCGUUCGGCGGUUCGCUGCUGGCCCCCCAGCGUGACGUCCACCUACUCCAGGGCAGCUCAGUCAGAGGAGUACUCGUGGCGGCCGACCUCCACCAGUACAAAUCAAGCCGGGUCCUCCACCAGGAGUGCUCACCGGGCUGCAUCGCCACGCCCUGGCGCGUCCCAAACAAUGACACCGAGGCUACGCUCUACGUGUUCGCCGGCGACGAGGCGCGGCUACGCCCCGACUUCCUGGCCGUCAUCGAGUUCGAUGAGCUCUCCCGUGACUACGGCAAGGUAGUGCUCACGGUCCCUCUGCCACCGCCCGGGAACAUCGGAAACGAGCCGCACCACUGCGGCCUGGUCACGGAGAACCGCAACAUCCUGGCGUUUUGGGACCUCGAGCGGCGGGAGAUCAGCAGCACCGUCGUCAUGCCUGGCCCGCCCAUGGGCAUCAUGGACGUCAAGUUCAUUCCACACGACCCGCAUGGCAUCGCCGUCGCGGGCGCCAUGUUCUCCGGAGUCUACUACACGGUCGACCCCACCACCGGCAGCGUGACCGAGGCGUACAACUGUCGACAGAUCGUGCCCCAGUUGGGCGAGCCCAGCCAGUGCAUGGUCCACCUCCUGACCCCGAUGAAAAGCGGUGACAGACUCCUGGCGUCGUCGUCCUACGGUCAAGUGCUGCUGCUGGACAUCUCCAACCGCGCUAGGUUCCACCAGUUGUCGGUGGUCAACCUCGGUGUCACUGCUGGGCCACACGUGCUGGCGCUCACCCACGACCAGGAACGUCUGGUGGUGGCAGACUACUUCCUGAACCAAGACGACUUUGGCCGCGUGCAUGUGGACGGCGACCACAAGAUGCAUGUGCUCAAGGUCUCUCGAGAUUCUCUCUCGCUGGACCCCAGGUUCACCCUCGAUUUCGACGAGGCAUUUGACCAUCGUGCCCGCCCUCAUGGGUUCGCCAUGAAAUAG